GGCCGGCGUAGAUUUAAAAGAUCCCACUACGCUCGCGUUUCUUUGGAGCCCUGAAACAGUAGGUGUUCGAUCAUGAUGGUGGCAGCAGGGGUCGACUCGUUACAAUCCCAUGGGAAUAUUUGGGAAACGAACGAAAACGAAAUAAAAGAAAAAGAAGCUUAUAAGCCAAAGACAUCUAUCUUGCUAGUCUUUGCAUUUAUCGUCCUGCACAUGCUCAGCUUAAUCGGGGCUUAUUUGUCCAUAACCUCCUGGACCGGCGUGAUGGUUUUCUUUUUUAAUUAUUUUACAUUUGGAGUUUAUGUAAACCUUGGGGUGACGAUGGGUGCACACAGACUAUGGUCACACCGGUCGUACAAAGCAACACUUCCAGUUAAAAUCAUCCUGCUAAUAGGAUUUACUUUGGCCGGACAGAACUCUUUGCUAAUCUGGGUCAGGGAUCAUAGGACACAUCACAAGUUUAGCGAUACAGACGGCGACCCUCACAAUUCCAAGAGGGGGUUUUUCUUUUCACACAUGGGCUGGCUUUUAUGUACCAAACACCCAGAUGUGAAAAGAAAGGGGAAAACUGUCGAUUUGUCCGACCUGACUUCAGACCCAAUUGUAAUGUUCCAGUAUAAGUACUUUUUCCCGCUUUUUUUCUUUUUCAAUGCCUUAGUCGUUUACGUGGGUGUUCUCGUUGGAUUUCCUUUCUGGCAUAGCUUUUUCAUCGGAUUUGUACUAAGAUAUGUACUGGGAUUGCACUUUACUUGGAGCGUUAACAGUUUGGCUCAUUUCUAUGGGACCAAACCGUAUACAAGAGAGAUCGUUCCUGUAGAAUCCAAGAUUGUGUCAGCACUGACGAGGGGAGAAGGAUGGCACAACUAUCAUCACACGUUCCCCUGGGAUUACAAGGCGAGCGAAUUCGGCAACAAACUCAACUUCAGCUGCCAAAUGAUAGAACUCCUUGCGAAAUUCGGCUUGGUUUACGAUUUGAAGACGACAUCAACUGAAAUGGUCAAAAACUGGGCGUCCAAAUACGGCGAUGGGACGCACAAGGAACACGCCGACUACUGAAAACACCACGACCUCAAAUUUCAUAUAACGAAACUAUUUUGU